CCAAAAUAACAUACUGAUCUCUUUGGUUCUGAUAAAACAUAUGUUAUUAUCGGAGAUUCUCUCAUCCCUGGUGUUGUUAAUCAAGUUCAUGAAACGUAAAUCCUUCAAGACGGGAGGAGGGAUAGAGGAACGAUCUACGACCGCAUUCGGUCCGUUUCCCGCGCUCAGUGCCUCGCUUGUCGCUAUCAGCGAACGGGCUAGUGUAUACGCGAAAAAUACGAUCGAGAUUUGGGCAAAGUCCUGUUAAAAAUCAUUCAUAAUAACAUUAACGACUCACAAAUUAACAUUUCCAUUAAUUGUAAAAAGCCCAGUGCUCAGUCAAUGCAAUUGUGAUUUUGGUGAAAGUGAACUUUCUAAAGAAUGUAAUUAUUGAGAUGUGGACCUCAGUGAAUACUCGACGGCCUACAUGAAUAUAAGGGCUGGGGUAAUGCAAGGAGACAUAACAAAGUUAUGUGUGCUAGUCGCUACACUGGCACUGGGCAAAGUAUGGGGCGAGGGGUUGUGUGAGCGGGGGCGUAGCUUUUGGGACCAGAAGAACCAGGCUUGCACCCCGUGCACGCACUGUGACCCAACCCUGCGCCUCGUUGUCAAAUACCCAUGUGAAGUGUACCGGGAUACCAUCUGCCAGUCCAUCUACGAACUAGGGAUAUGGCCCUUCGAAAGCGCUCAGGGUGAUACUAAAGACAAUGACGUCAGUGAUGACGAAUACUACGAGUACACGGAUUAUGAUAGUGAAGUGAGUAAAGAUAACGAUGGUGAAGUGACGUGGGACCUACAGACUACCAGUUUGACCCUGGCCGCCAGUGGGUGUGUCGUUUUCUUUCUCGUGGUGCUAGUAAUGUCACUGUACCAUGCCAAGCAAUGGAAGGUAAUAAAGCGGGCGCUUAAAUCAGAUGUUCAAGACCUCACUGCUAAGCUAAAACUCAUGGAGUCCGGUGGAGACGCGCCUGCGGAACCCGUAGUUACUACUGAUCAUCACUUAUACUGUAAUAUUCACUUAGGAAAAGAAGCUCUGCUUGGUACAACACCAACCAAAAAAGGCACGGGCAACGUGUACACACAAGAGAAGCAUCCGUCUUGAUUAAAUACCACCGAAUCAACUAAUUUAGUUAACUGUACAUACAAACCGCAGUCAACAUGUAAAAUUAUUUUAUUUUUGUAAAAUGACCUCGCAUAUGAAGCACAAAACAAAACUAUAUUUUCAUAUACAAAUUUUAUCUUAUUA